AUGACAACAAACAGCAAUGAAUUUGACUUAAAUAAUGUCAAGGCUAUCCUUUUCGAUAUCGACGGAACCCUUGCAGACUCCUGGAAGCUUGGUUUUGACGCGACUCAAGUCGUUUUGGAGAGCAAUGGUGUCGGAAAAAUAACAGAAGAGGAAUAUCACCAAGGCUGCAUAUAUGCAACUCCAGAAAGACUAGCACGGCAUGCAGGUUUGAGCCCGUCAGACCCUACCUUCGACGAGGUUGGCGAGAAACUUGGGAAGGAGUUCGAUGAUCACUAUGUUGGUCUUGUUAGUACGGAUACAGCUGGGUUCUAUGAUGGCAUUGGCGAUUGCUUGGAUUCCAUACCUUCCACCAUCAAGUUUGGAGCUCUCACAAACGCCUGUGUUGGAUAUGCGUAUGCUGUUUUGAAGUGCAAUUCAAACGAGAAAAACAACAUCUAUGAUAGAUUUGAGUCAAUCAAGGGAGCUGAUAAUGUCCCUAUGCCAAAACCAGCACCAGAUGGCUUACUUGCUAUCUGUGCCGAACUCUCUGUGAAACCAGAAGAGUGCGUUUAUGUUGGGGACAGCCCAACCGACGGAAAAGCAGCCGAAUGCGCCGGGAUGCCUUCAAUUGGUGUUCUUUGGGGAAGUCAUGAUGAAGAAAGCUUGAAGAAGGCUCCCUUUAAGCGAUUGUGCAAGAAUAUUGAUGAAUUGAGAGGUCUUUUGGGAGUAGUACCAGUACUCUAG